AUGAAUCACGCGCUCGGCAUGUCGAAAGUCGUAGUUGCGACUAUCGGAACGGACGUAGGGGAAAAGCCGUCGAGAGAAAAAAUUGGCGGCCGGCCGAACGGAAAGGGUGUGGCCGCCUGAUGAGCAAUGUGCAAGCUGUGCGCGAUGAUUCUGCAACUUGUGGGCGCAGCUUUCUAUGAGAAAAAUUUGGAUUUUGAAAUUGAAACUCAUUAAAUUUAAUUAAACUUUAUUAUUACAGCAUAAAGUUUUCAAUGGAGAUACAGAAAAUGUGUUGAAAUCAAGUGGUGAUUUUCAACUCGAAGAUAUACUGCUAAAAAAGAGUUUCUCUUUCAAGGAAAGAGCUUAUCGCGAAUGACGUUUUCUCUACGUGUUCAAAGUAGUUUCGCGACUUAUAUCGAAAUCUAUUUUUUUUGAGAUAUGAAAGUUUUUCCUUUUUUUCAAUGAAACAUCAUAUAUUUUUUUUUGAACUAAUUCGAACUCGUUGAUUUUGCAAUAAUAUUUUUUUAAGUUCGACAAAGAUUUUUUUUCAAUAGAAAAUUCAUUGAACUUGACGGGAUUUUAGAUAAAUGCAUAGAUCGAUCAGAGACCUUUUUAAAAACGAAUUUUUGAUAUUUUGAAAAGGCUUUUUGUAUCUACCUUCCUCUACUUUCAGAAGAGCUUGUUCAAACUUGUUUGAGCGUUAUUUGAGUCCUCAGUUCCCCAAAAGGUUCAUCAAUCAAACCUAUCAGAAAACUCUUCUAUUUUCUCUCCCAAAAAUGAUUCCGAGACCAAUCCAUCAGUGAGAAACGGCUGGAAAGCAUGCCGAGAACAAAAAAGGAGAAGAAGAAGAAGAAACAACGAGAAAGCAUUGCAACUCGUCCACAAAUCAAGACGACGUCUCACUCACUACACACCAGGAAGCAUGACCGCCGCAGUUUUCCUAAGAGAAAUCCGUGAAUAAAAAAAGGGAAGGAAAACCGCAGCAGCGGCGAACUGUUUUGCGGCCUCUUGUGUAACAGUUCUUCCAGAGUACUACUUAAGCACGUCGUUUUGUCGUUGAUUCUGACACAUUUCUCGUCGCCGUCGACUUACGCCAGCCGCUUGAGGUUUCCUUGGAAUUUUUUCGAUAUUUUUUUCGAAAGUUUCUGGUUCCUUAAUGUUUUUAGACAAAGUGUAACUCACUGACACUAGAAAUAAGUUCCUCUUUUUCACUUCUGAAAGCUUCAAAAAGGUUCGAGCUGAAUAAAAAGCUUUUCCAAGCCUUUUUAUGGCGCUUCAAAUGGCCUAGACGAAAAGGGUACUCAACUUUUGGCCUCUCAAUGAUCAAAAUUUGAAAAUUUGUGAAUCAGUGAAGCCAUAAUUGCCGACAGAGUCGGGUUCGAACUUGAAAACAAAAUUUAAAUCCUACUUCUUCAAAAGUUCCUUUACAAAAUUUAAGGUCUUCUAGGAUACAAUCACCCUCUUCUGAAACCCUAUAUCUGAAAAAUAUUUAAAAUUUCCAAUCUUCACUAGAACAGCUCUGAUAAUAGUUUCAAAAAGCGUGAACCCCCUCUAAAAAAACUAAUACCAACCUUCCAAAAAAAUCGAAAUUUUCAAUCGCUACUUGUCUGACUUCAAAGCAAAUUAGGCUAAUUUUUCUCUUGCUUUCCUAAAAAUUAUUAAUUCAAAUUCGGACACGGUGUGCACGCUAAGACAUCAUUUGUAGCUAGAAAAAAUUCAGAAUUUGAAAAUUUUAGAUUAAAUUCUUAGACUGCCAUCGGCACGUCUUCAAGAACUCUUCGUAGAAACUAGACUGUCUAGAAUAUUCCUGGAAAACUACUUUUCUUUCAAAAAACCAGAGGUCUCAAAUUUUUUCCACAGCAACCCUGAUAACAGCAAAGCCAAUUAACAAAAACCCUUCCAAAAAACCAUAUAUUUCAGAAAUGUCGGACCAAAAGCUGGACACGGAACGCGCGAAGCGAUUCGCCUUCGCUGGCAUCGCCAUCACGACGACCUCGACUCUGACGGCGAUCAUCGCCGUGCCGAUGCUCUGCCUCUACCUGCAGUCGGUGCAGUCUUCCCUCCAAGACGAAGUCAACUUCUGCCGCGUCCGCGCCACCUCCCUCCAGGGAGAGCUCACCAAGAUCGAGCUGGUCAGAGCCCCCAGGAAGGCUCGCGAGGCCGGCACCUGCUGCAGCUGCGGCGUCGGUGGUGGUGGACCUCCAGGAGCGCCCGGAAAGGACGGACACCCAGGAAAGGACGGCGAGAACGGCAACCCCGGAAACCCAGGAAGCGACGCCGAUGAUGAGAAUCCACAUGCGGAUGCUGGCCAGUUCUGCUUCGACUGCCCGACGGCGCCGCAAGGACCUCCCGGAAACGCCGGACCGAAGGGACCUGACGGAAACCCGGGUCUCCCAGGACGUGAUGGACAAGCCGGAAGACCAGGAGCUCAUGGAAACCCAGGACCCAAGGGACCUGACGGAGAAGCCGGACCAGACGGACCCCCAGGACCUCCAGGACCAGCCGGAGCAGCUCGAUCCCUGCCGUCUCCAGCCGGAGAACCAGGAACUCCAGGAGAGCCUGGACCACAGGGACCACCCGGCGCCGACGGUCAUCCUGGCCGUGACGGACGUCCUGGCGACAACGGAGCUCCCGGAGAAGCUGGACGGGAUGGAGCUCCCGGCAAGUCUGGAAACGACGGAGCUCCAGGCGCUCCAGGAAGCGACGGCGCCCACGGAGGCUGCGACCACUGCCCACCGCCACGUACCGCUCCUGGCUACUGA